UGCUGCGGUAGCCCCGUGCCCCCUUCCCUCCGGUCUCCUCUGCUGAUUCACUCUGGGCUCUCCCUACCACAUCCCAGUCAUGGCCCUGGUCCUGCAACUGCUGUCUCUGCUGCUCACCAGGGCCCACGGGGACGCGGGGGCUGCUUUGGUCAGUCGGCCUGGGGACCGGGUGAAUCUCUCCUGUGUAGGGGUCUCGCACCCCAUCCGCUGGGCCUGGGCGCCCAGUUUCCCCGCCUGCCAAGGCUUGUCCAAAGGACGCCGCCCGAUCCUGUGGGCCUCAGCCAGCGGAAUCCCCACCGUGCCUCCCCUCCUGCCCUUUGCUGGUCGCCUGCGUUCCCUGGACCCUGCUGUCCGCAGACUGGAGCUGCUCGUGGGUGUAGGGGACUCGGGCACCUUUAUCUGCAAGGGCCACCAAGAAGAAGAGAGCCGCACCCUUUUGCACGUGCUGGGGGACACGGCAGAUUGCAGGCCCCCGGGACCCACCCACGGGUCGGUGUAUCCCCAGGUCUUCAUUCCUCUGCUGGGCGCGGGGCUGGCGCUGGGCCUGGGAGCACUGGGUGUGACCUGGUGGCUACGCAGGCGCGCGCUCCCGCCCCCGCUCCCGCCGCUGCCCGCAUUCGCUCUGUCCCCCCCAUAUAGCUCCAUUUGCGAAAGCGGCGGCCCAGACUCCGGCAGAGGAGGGGGAGGACCCAGAGAUUCCAGGGGACCGGGACCCAGACCCGGAGGAGCCGAGCCUGCUGUACGCAGACCUGGACCACACGGCCCUCAGGAGGCCCCGCCGGCUGUCUUCCAUGGUCCCUGCUGACACGUCCACAGUCUACGCAGUUGUAGUUUGAAGGGAAGCUUUUGUCCAGCCCUCCUGGGGGGGGGGUGUGCUCCCUGCCUGCUCUAAUCUUGACCUCCCCCUAGAAGAGGAAGUCCAGGGGGGCCUGGGUUCCAGGCUCUCUCUGCCACAGAGCUUGCUCCUUCGGUCAUUCCCAGUCUUCCUUCAAUUCCCACGAUUCCUUCUCCAUCUGUGUCUUCUCCAAGCCUCGCUAAGCCCUGUCUCCUUGUCAUAAGACAUCUGAAUUCCCCCAUGUUAGCCCAAUGUCUUCAGAAUCGUUUUUUGAUCGGCAGUAUAGGCCUCUCCCUGCUGCUCUCCUGCUGAAAUUGCUUACUCUCUACAAGGGUGCCAGUGAUGUCCUGGGCGCCAUCCUCCAGCAUUCAUCUGGCUUGGCUUGGAUCGUCCCCUUUAAGCUGUUUUACUUGCCGCUGGUGUCUUCUGAAUUCCCCUCCCUAAUUCACCAGCCCCAACAUUCUAGGUUUGCCCCUUUUUUCCCUUCAGCCCUCUUCAGGGAAGCUUCUAUCCACAGCCCUUCUUCAGCCCCGCUCUUUACAAAUGGCACCAGAAUUCUCUUCUGUCUAGAUCUAGUGCCUUGUAUCCAGCAGCCCCAGGCAUUUUGCAAAUGUCAAACCCAGCUCACUGUCUUCUCCCAAAUCACUUGAGGAAUCCUUGAGAUAGUAAACCAGCCAUCCCUGAAACUCACUGCAGCCCAGGCUGGCCUUGAACUCAAAGUGAUCAUCUUACCUUAGCCUCCCUAGUGCUAGGAUUACAGGCUUGUGCCACCAUGCCUGGCCCCUCCUCUAGACUCUCUUCUGAGGGCCAGGGAUUUAGCUCAGUGGUGUAAGAGCUUGCUUGACAAGCACAAAGUUGUGAGUUUGAACCCCAGUACCAGAAAAUAAACAAACAUAAAUAAAUUCUCUUCUGAACAACCCAGUUGCCCAAGCCAGAAACUGGGAGUCAUGCAAGACCACGUGGUGAGAUGACCCCCCACACCUCUUUCCUUUGUCACUCCCACACCGUGAGCCAUAGAGCUUUAUCCUUCUACCAGAUGUCACUGUCAGAUCUACACCUGUCUCCAUGCCCAUCACUGACAUCACAUUGUACUUUCCUAACUUCUCUGCUGGGCCAUCCAGUGUCCCAACUCACCCUCUUGCCCUCUGGGAAGCCAGGUAGACCUUCCUCAAGUACUAAACCACUCCCAACAGUCUUCUUUCCAAACUUGGGCAUUUAUCUCUGUACCCUUCAGCUCUGGGCCUGGGGUUUUGAUACAAGGUGACCCAGUGUUUUUUUUUUUUGUCACUCUACAUGCAUACAACAUGCCAACCCAGCCCCCAAAUAUACCUUUGCCCUUUUUCCCCGUUAGAGGACUUGAUCCAGGUAUAUCCUUUGGUGGAAAGUUGUUCCUGACCCUUCUUCCCUAUUCCUGCAUAUACUUUGAUGCCCUAGGGAGUCUCCGUAUUUUUUUCAGAGAACAGCCUCCAGAGAAUUAUUCCAUCACAACCUGUAUUUCCAUCUGUAAGAAACUUUCACAUAUUGUAAAUUUCCUGACACUGACUUUGUUGAUAUAACUGUUGAGCCUCUCAAUAAAUGACUGAAUGAAAA